CCCAAGAUGGCGGUGCGGGAAGGUGGAGAUAGGAAAUGGAGCACUACUGUGAUAAUGAGCUCCUCUCUGCAGGGACACGAAGUGGCAGUUUCUUUGCAGAGCCAGCAACACAAAGUUCGCUUUUCUGAUUCUGUAGAGAAUGGAUUAUUUAUAUUUCCUCUUUCUGGUAUUGCUUUCUUGUUGACUGAUGCCAAGCAGCUCUUUGCAACCUCCAAGGAAACCAUUUUCGAGAGAGUACAGAAGUUCAUAUCUGUUCAUCGAAAUAGUUUCUUAGGCAUAGAGGCUGCUCUGUUUGGAUCAGACGAAUGGAAUUUAAUUUUCAGAAUUCAGCAGAGAUUCCUUGGUAGUAAUUUACGGAUCCUUCCUGUUCACAACAAUGCGGAAACAGUUAAAAUUAUUUUAACUAUAGCCAAGGUGACUUGCAAACCACACAUUGAAAACAUACGUGAUCGACUCCAAAAAGCAAAAACACACAUUGUUGAGAAUAGUCCAGUUUGGAAAACCCUCGAUCAGAUUUGAUAUAGUUUUUUUAUGCAAGCUGUGCCAUGUAGUGUUUACGUACAUUGUAUUUUUGAUGCAAGCUGUCACAGUGUUUUAUAUUGUUUAAAUUGGGUUUUUUGAAAACGGUACUUUAGUGACUUACUGCAGACUAUGGUGUUACAUUAAAACCUUGAGGCAAUGCA